AUGCCGGCCUUACUUGCAGCACCCAAGUCCAACAUUUCACCUCUAAUUCGCUUUGCCAGAUGGACGGCACUUUUCACUGGAAUCGUUUAUGGUGUCACUAGAUACAAUUAUUUGUACAGGCGUGAAGUGGAAAUUCAGAAGCAUGAGAAUGAGAUUCGUGAAAGGCACAGAAUUAAAAUGGAACAGCUGAGAAAACAGAAUGAAGAAGCGGAGAUGCUUGCACUUGGCAAGGAAGCUGGUGUUGUAGCAGCAAAGUAA